CGAGAAUCCGUGGGCCUGUUCAGAUUAGGAAUUAUCUUCCCUCAGUGUAAAAAUGAACGCGGUCGCGUAUACUUCUUGUCUAUUGGUUGCAGCGAAAACGGGUUGUGUUGAAUUCAGAACGCAGUAAAAAUUUUCACGCGUCUCGUGGGUACAUUGAAUGUUAAUUUGACGAGUUCUUUGUGCGCAACGUUUGAGUCAUCCUGGGAGGGUACGAUUGUUCCAUUUGUUCCACUGGCGAUAGUGUUGAAAGUUCAAAGUUUAAUAUAACUUAUGACGUGAUUGCGAGAGUGUAUUCAGUAUACGUUCUAGCAAAGUGAUAUGUUGUAGAAACCGGUUUUAGGCGUUUUAUCAUCAGCAUUAAAACCAAUUCCGAAAGAAAAUCACCAGCAAAACACAACCGACAAUGGACGAAAAUGUCGGCAUUGCAUCCGAUCGUGUUUCUCCAGCAGGCGAUCCGCUGGCGGAACCAACGCCACCACCAUUGGAACGAAAGUACCGUUAUUUUAUCCUUGAACCAGCCGUGCUUUUAAUUUUCUUUGCUUGGAACAUAUCCGCGUUUGUUUUUGCAAAUCAGAUCGUGUAUCAGUCGUGCACUGUAGCCUUCGGAAAGAAUAAAUCAUUGUGCGCUCUGCUUGGCACGGAGAAUGAAACGGAAGAAAUGCAACAGCUGGAAAAGGCGGUACAGCCUUAUGCGGCCAACAUUCUGAUGGCCAAGUCGCUGGUCGAAUCGAUCGUGCCUGCCUUAUGUAGCAUGUUCAUUGGGCCCUGGUCGGAUCGGUACGGCCGGAAGCCGGUGAUAGUGGCCUGUUUUACGGGAGCUUUCUUCACCUACGCUAUCGUGGCGUUCAUCAGUUUUCUAUCAAUGUACUACUCCAUCAGCCCUUGGUAUUACGUUUUGGCCUCGAUCACAACUGCACUGUCCGGCGGAACGUGUGCGUUAAUCACCGGAGUGUUUUGUUACAUAGCGGACGUUACGAGCGAGCAGAAUCGUGCCAUGAAGAUGGCAAUCGUUGAGGCUGCAAUAUUUACGGGUCUAUUAACCGGAACCUUGAGCAGCAGCUUUAUUCUACACUGGACAAAUGCUGCCACAGUAUUUGCGUCGGCGGCAGGUGCAGUUCUACUUGGAUUAAUUUACAUAAUUUUCUAUAUUGAAGAAAGCAUCCAGCCAAACGAACUCGGUGAAUCGAAUUCCAAGUUGCGUGAGCUGUUCCGGCUGGAUCUGGUGUCGGAACUUAUGCAGACAUGCUUCAAACGUCGGCCAAACUACGAUCGGUUAAUAAUAUGGAUGGUGAUACUAGCAUUGGGUGCAAACAUAUUGGCUAUGGAUGGGACCCAAACUGUUUUUCUUCUCUUCCUACGAGAACGGUUUGGAUGGACGGUUAAGGAUUACUCUUACUAUGAUGCAACCAGCAUAAUUUUUAUGAUAUUCGGCAAUACGCUGGGUUUGUAUACGAUCCGCAAGGUGUUCAAACCGUCCGAUACCAUGCUGGCUGCUCUCGGAUUUUUCUUCUACGCGGUCAGUAGUGCCAUACAUAGCAUAGCAUCCGAGCCUUGGCACCUGUAUUUGGCUGUGUGUAUUUGCUUCAUGAAAGGAAUAUCUGGGCCGAUGAGCAGAGCGGUCAUUUCUAACACGGCACCAGCUGGCGAUAUUGGUAAAAUUUUCUCCCUGACCACCUCGAUCGAGUCAAUAACACCGCUGGUCUCGGCACCUUUGUACACCGUAGUGUACAAACAAACUCUCGCGUGGUACCCGGGGGCGUUUAAUCUGAUAACCGCAACGGUAUACUUCACCUGUAUGUGCCUGAUGAUCUUUGUAAGAAUUUUCCAAAGUAUGUAUCAAACGACUACAUAUACUUCAAUCAACUAAUGCUGUUUGGAUCGCAUGUAGUUUACGUAUCGGGGAUAUAUUAAUGCUUUUAUAAACUAUUUAACAAACGAAUCUUUCAUUUGGGAUGUGAUAAAUAAAUCGGUAUAUUUUACCAUAUAA